AUGGAAAGUGCCAACCAGACAGCCUCUGUGACGUUCAUUCUCCUGGGCCUCUCAGCCCACCCAAGGCUGGAGAAAACGUUCUUUGUGCUCAUCCUGCUCAUGUACCUGGUGAUCCUGCUGGGCAAUGGGGUCCUCAUCCUGGUGACCAUCCUUGACUCCCGCCUACACAAGCCCAUGUACUUUUUCCUGGGGAACCUCUCCUUACUGGACAUCUGCUACACAACCUCCUCAGUCCACCUCAUUCUUGACAGCUUCCUGACCCCCAGGAAAACCAUUCCCUUCUCAGCCUGUGCUGUGCAGAUGUUCCUCUCCUUUGCUAUGGGGGCCACGGAGUGUGUGCUUCUGGGCAUGAUGGCGUUUGAUCGCUAUAUGGCCAUCUGCAACCCCCUGAGGUACCCCAUGGUCAUGAGCAAGGCUGUCUAUGUGCCCAUGGCUGCCAGCUCCUGGGCAGCUGGAAGUGCUGCCUCCAUGGUUCAAACAUCCCUUGCGAUGAGGCUGCCCUUCUGUGGGGACAAUGUCAUCAACCACUUCACCUGUGAGAUCCUGGCUAUCCUGAAGUUGGCCUGUGCUGGCAUCUCCAACAAUGUGAUCAGUAUGGGGGUGACCAAUGUGAUCUUCCUGGGGGUCCCAGUUCUGCUCAUCUUUGUCUCCUACAUCUUCAUCCUCACCACCAUCCUGAGGAUCCCCUCAGCUGAGGGGAGGAAAAAGGCCUUCUCCAACCUCACAGUUGUGGUCAUCUUCUAUGGGACCAUCCUCUUCAUGUAUGGGAAGCCCAAAUCCAAGGACCCCCUGGGGGCAGACAAACAGGACCUUGCAGACAAGCUCAUCUCCCUCUUCUAUGGGGUGGUGACCCCCAUGUUCAACCCCAUCAUCUACAGCCUGAGGAACAAGGAUGUGAAGGCCACCAUGAGGAACCUGGUAAGUCGGAAACACUUCACCCGGUGGUGUUUGGAGGACAGAUGCCCCUGGAGUUCUGUGCCUCUUGGCUGCUUUCACCCAUGA